AUGGCUGAGAUUCAACAACCCCCCAAAGAAGAUGGCCAAGUGACGGCCUCUCCGGCGCAGGCCAGCACCAAAAGCGCAGACUCUCGAAAACGGGGUCCCUCUGUCCAUCAGAUAUAUGCUCUCCCUGCCCCGAUUCGGACAUUUCCUCUCCCAGCCUUCUACCCCAAUAAUCCCUUAUCAUUCUUCGCCGUUGCCUAUGCAUGGCUUCGGCAGGUGUUCGCCCCACCUCCUGCUGAGCCGACAGCCGUCCACCAAGGUGUUUGGUCCAAGAAAACCUUCUCCGUCCAUGUCACUGAUGAAAAAUCGAUGAGAGCCCUGUGGGAGCAAGGAUUUUACGGCAAGGGCAGCUUAAGUCGUAGUGAGCCAAAUUGGUUGAAGCGGGAGCAAGUCCGUAGAGGGAUGCAAAAAACACAUGUCAGUGAGAUCUUGACUGUGCAAAGGCGAGAAGAGCGAGCCCAAGCCAAAUGGGAGAGAGCAAGACUGGAACAGGAGUCCAUACGGCAGACGCGGUUGAAGGAGGCCCAACAAGCCGAAGCUGACAGCCAGUCCAAGACGGCAACAUUGCUGCCGUCCCCGUCCCCCGUCGCUUUUGCUGCACCUACUGGCCCUCUAGAGCUGCUCUCUCUCCCCAAUUCAGCUGCGGAAGCCUCCAAAAAGCCCGAGCUUGUUAGUGACACAGUUAUUGCCGUCCGAGCCGCAAUGGAGGCAGUGAUGAUACCGUUGCCAGUGGAUAUUGCACCGCCAAGCAUUCUUGAGACGGGCAAUGGCAUUGUUGACACUAAUGUUGUCAGUACGGCGUCGUUUGUAGCCGGCAGUCCUCAAGUGAGGGGUCAGUCAAGUGGCAUUGGUGUCAUUGAGACACCACACCCACCAGCGUCCGAAACAUCGAGUGACUCUGCAGAGGACAAGACGUUGAAACGCCAAAAGAGUGUCCGCUUCUCACCCAAAGUGGAAUCGACUACAUUUAACUUGGCAGACCCGCCCAGCCCGCAUCACUCCCUCAAUGGCAAAGGCAAGCGGCUGUUGAAUGGAGCGCUCAAUGGCCCUGGCACGGCAGAGGAAGCCAAGAAGCUAUCUGCAGAAGAGUCGGAGGACGUCAUUGUAAACAGAGAACACCUCCAGCUGAUGCCUGAGGAAGCUUUUUUUCUCACAUUUGGUUUCGGAGCACUCUCUGUCACUGACCCAGCGUCCGGCAAAAGCCUCACAGCCAAGGAAAUGCUCACCCUGUUCCGACAAUAUUCAUACUUUCCUCCUCGGACUGGCGGCCCUGACGAGUCGGACCUAGGGCCGGACGACGGCUUCCUGGUGCACUACGCGGUGUAUCAUCACUUCCGAUCCCUUGGCUGGGUGCCGCGAGCGGGCAUAAAAUUUGGCGUCGAUUGGCUUCUGUACACCAGAGGACCAGUAUUUGACCACGCAGAAUUCGGACUCAUCAUCGUGCCGUCCUACUCUGACGCCUGGUGGAAGGAUAGGGGGAAGCAGGGACCGCAAAAGACAUGGGCCUGGCUGCACAGCGUUAUCCGCGUGUUAUCUCAUGUCAUCAAGAGUCUUGUACUAGUGUACGUGGACAUCCCGCCGCCGCCCAAGUUUGAUGCGGCGCUGGAGACGGGGUUCGCAGAGGCGUUACACCUGUACAGGGUACGGGAGGUGAUGGUGAAGCGCUGGUCGAGCAAUCGCAACCGGUAG